CAGGGGCCGCCGCCGCCCGAGCAGCCGCAGGCCUUCUGAUGCUCAUGUCUGACACAGCUGGAGAGGAGCAUGUCCAUCUUUCCAAUGGCAGCAAAAAACCCACCCUCCACAAGAGCUCUGGAAUGCUGUGAAGACUCCCUGCCCAGGCACACUCCUCUCCGGAUUAUCUCCAUCCCAAGGAAGCUCGCAUCCAAGAGAGUUCCCGGUCUUCCACCAUGAAUCCUGUUUACAGCCCCGUCCAACCUGGGGCUCCCUAUGGAAACCCGAAGAACAUGGCCUAUACAGGUUAUCCAACAGGCUAUCCCACUGCUGCCCCAGCCUACAAUCCCAACAUGUAUCCAACCAGCAGCCCUGGCUACGCCCCAGCCACACUUCUGAUGAAGCAGGCCUGGCCCCAGACCUCCUCGUCCUGUGCCACCGAGGGCACCUUCCACCUCCCGGUGGACACCGGCACCGAGAACAGAACCUACCAGGCUUCUUCUGCAGCAUUCAGGUACACUGCGGGGACUCCCUACAAGGUGCCACCGACCCAGAGUAACAACGCCCCUCCUCCCUACUCGCCGUCUCCGAACCCCUACCAAACCGCGAUGUACCCCAUCAGAAGUGCCUACCCACAGCAGAACCUGUACACCCAGGGAGCUUAUUACACCCAGCCCGUGUACGCUGCCCAGCCCCACGUCAUCCACCACACCACGGUGGUGCAGCCCAACAGCAUCCCCUCGGCCAUCUACCCGGCCCCGGUGGCCGCGCCCCGCACCAACGGCGUGGCCAUGGGCAUGGUCGCUGGCACCACCAUGGCCAUGUCAGCAGGAACCUUGUUGACCACCCCCCAACACACCGCCAUCGGAGCACAUCCAGUGUCCGUGCCAACGUACAGGGCUCAAGGAACCCCCACCUACAGCUACGUACCUCCACACUGGUAAACCACUGGCCAAUCCAUAUCCGGAGUCAAACAUUGUAUGCAACUACACAAGUCUUACAUCGGUGCUGUGGCCGCUGGGCUGCAGCGCCUCGUCUGUUUGCAAGAACAAAAGAAAAAAAAAGUGCAAAGGUCACUUUAUGCAUUCUUUAGUGGUUUUUGUAAAAGCUGCUUUUUCUAAUCUUCUGCCUCUUUUUUUCCCCCCUUCCUCCCCCUCCCACAUGAAUUGUGUAACACACAUACUGACACUGAGCAAUAGUCAAGUUCUCUCUUCGGUCCUAUCAUUUGAAAGCUCAGACUCUUCACUUUUCCAGCAUUGCCCAGCUGAGUGGUGCAAAGAUCCCCCCACUUCUUGUUUGUUUGGGUUCUUUUUGUUAUUUUUCUGUUGUCGUUGUUGUUGACAAGAGCCUAGAUUUUUUUUGGCUAGUAAGAGUGGUUGAUGUUCAGGGUACUAUGUGAAAAGCACAGCGCUGGUAGGCAGGCUUAUUCCAAUUUGGUUUGGGUAUUUUUAGUUGAAGAAUAUAAAUUAUUCAAUCUUCCAUAACAUAUUACAAGAAAAUUGGUGUCUUCCAGAUAGCUGUUGUGAUAGAUUAUAAAUGCAUUAUCUGCAGUGGAAUUCUGAACUCAUCCCUUCUUUUUGUAGGAGUAAGAGAAUAUAAAUAUAAUUAGCGACGUAACACACUUGUCUUAGGAAGCACGAGGACUGGUCACCAGCGGGUCUUUGGUCUGCUUUUUCCAACUGGGCAAAUGGAUCAUGCGUGAUGGGAAGGGAGGAGCAGGAAGAUGAGUGCCCUGGGAGCAUCUGGAACCUCUUGGGAAAACGGGAUACUCCCCCUCAGCCACAUCCUGGGGCAGUGUGGGGGAGAAGGAGGCUCCUUCCUUGCAUAGCUGCUCUUUGCAGGCAGAGAUGUGCUGGGCAGCUGCUGAGGGAAGCAAGGACAUGUCCAGAAGUUGGGCUCAAGAGCUUCUUCAAGUCCAAGAGUUGAUCUGGAGAUCUUCUCUCAGUUCAGGGUUUGGUCUGAAGAGCUUCUCCAGGUUCAAGGUUUGGUCUGAGGAGCUCCUCCAGAGCAUGCUGGUGUGGGAAAAGAGGGUGUCUGGUCGAAGGAGAGGACCCUUCAAGGCAGAGCAAAGGGAAGAUGGAUAGCUUCACCUUGCAUCCAUGGUGUUGGCAGGGCUGAGACCAAACCACGCUGCUGCCCUGGCAGUUAAGGUGUCCCCUUCCCAUUCCUUGGGUCGCAGCUCCAAGACUUCUAGGAGAAAUAUUCAUCCAAGCACAAAUACCAGCACCAUAGAAAAAGGCCAGGGAGGGGGAUGAUGUCUGGCUGCUCUGCUUAGGGAAGUGGGAAGGGAGGAAGCAAUAGCAAUAAACACGUUGCCUUCUUCAUGGGAAGGCACCCGAGAAGAGGUGACAGCAGGGAAGGUGAUCCACAGUUGAUAUGGACCAGGAUGGAGGACACCAGGCACAGAGAGGCUGUGGGCAUCAGGGUCAUUUGGGGGGGGUCUGGCUUACCUAGGGACAUGUGGACAGGAAGCUGGUGACAUCCCCCUCGGGAUGUCCAAGUAGAGCAAUAAGUUGUCUUGAGGGCAACAAAGGCAGUUUGGAUUUGCAGACAAUGCUUGUGGCCAGUUUGUUUUUAAAUCCUUGUCACUAAACCCAGCGUAGAAACAAGGUUUUUGGGAUUUUAUUGUGGUUUUUUUUUAAGACAAAAGCGUGGUCGGAUUUUGAUUUCUUGCCUCAAGUGUGCCAAAAGUGUUCCAUGCUCUCAGUGGAGUCAACCAGUUCAGCUUCUGCCACCACUGGGAGGAGCUCCUGGAGCUCCUUCCCUUGAGCAUGGGCCAGGGUAGGCAGAAACAAGCCUAGGGAUCCCAGGGGGACUUUCCCUCCCACUGGCUGCUCCCGGGUGGUUUGUCAGGUUGGGUGUUGGCACUUCUGUUUGGGGGUCAUUUGGUUGAUUCUGCUGGUUUUGAAGGAAAUCUAGAGCAAAGCUCUGCUUGACCUCCUCAGCCUCAAGGGGAACAACUGGGGGAAGACUGGACACCAGUGCUGUGGGGUGGGGAAAGGGGAGCCUUGGGCUGGACUUCAGGUUUGUGUAGAGGGACAGGAGAAGGAAAAAAGAGAAAAGGAGCCAAUAAUCAGUGGGCCCCAUUUGGCUUGGCAAAGCCAAGGAUUAGUAAAGAGCAACAGGACCUUGGGAAAUAACACCACCACAUUGUGCUUCCACUGUUUGAAGCACAUUGCAGUUAAACUUGGGCCAAAAAAUGCCCAGUAAAUCCUAAGAAUUGAAGACUUCUGAGAUGCCCUGUUUUCCCCUCUCACGUUGACUUUGUAUUACAUACCAGGAGUUGUCUGUCAGCAUUGAGUCAGGUCUCCCAACAUAAUGGCACUCUGGUUUGUGGGGUCCAGCGAGCUUUGGGAUCCCAGCCUGGGCUCUGCAAACCACCUUUCCCAGCAGACAUCAUCCCACCACUGUCCCAGACACCCUGCACCACUUUAGGAACCACUGCUAAACUUUAGGCCUAUGUGUGGAAAGGAGAUGUUGGGCUUUUUCCUGGAAGGAAAAAAAAACAUUAACGGUGGAGGAGAAAGCCCAGGAGUCGAGCGUGGUGGAUCACCCAGUGCUCCCACUGACACAGGGCAGUUGGGCUUUAAUUCCUUUGCUUGGAUCAAUAGCAGGUCCAGUGCUCCUCAUCCCCUUAUUCCCAGGCAGAAAUACUCAUUAACCAAGGUGUAGAGAGGUGAAGUAUUUGCCACGUGUUAGGCCAGAGGCUUUAGUGAGGACAUUUGGUGACCCAGGGCCACCACACGGCUCUGGGGUCACCACACAGUGCCAGGCUUCAGUAGCUCCUUCCCAAGGUGGCUUCAUGGGGCUGCAGUGGUGGGGAGAUGCUCCCUGCCCUUUCCUCCAUCCCAAAUCCUUCCCUUGGUCAGGCCAUGGCUUAAGUGAGGGUCCUGGGAAGGUCACAGUGGGGGACACCGGUGGAGGCCACCAGCUUCUCAAAUAUUUCAUUCCAGCAAAGCUUUGCUGAUGUUGGUUAAGGAAAAGGGUUUUCCACGGGGAAGGAUCACACCAGGCAUUAGUGGGGAAGAGCAGGAGGGGUUAAACCAUCCUUAGCAGCCACAAAAGUGUCUGAGAUGAAAAUUCCAACUAAAGAGGAAGGAAAAUAACUCUGAACCAUUAACCCAUCCCUGCCCUUACCUUUUCUUCAAAACACAAGCUGCGAUGAUCUGAGGUUUGGGGGGGAAAAUAGGAUUUUAGUGGUGGUGGUGACCCCCAAACCCCAAGAGGCCCUUGAAGCCUGAGGCCAUCGUGCCUCCAAGUGGCUGAACCCUCCAGGCAAAGAUCUGCUCCUGCAUUUUAUGAAUAAUAAAUCACUCAAUUCAGCACUGUUGCAAUUUUGGGAUGUAAUUCCCAGGAAAUGUUAUUUAAGGGUUUGUUUUAAUGAGGAAUGUUCAGAGCAUCAGGUUUUCCUCUAGCAAUUGGCAUCCCACUGAAUCUGGUCCUUCCCAGAGAGACCUCCCUGACUCCUUGCCAUCCCCUCCUGCAUCCCCACAGGAAAUGUGAGAUGAUUUGGUUCCCAGCUGGAGGGCAUGAAAUGGGAUCCUGGUAUUUUAGGGGGUGGAAAACAACAUUUAAGGCUUUACUUUUGGUAAAAUCCAACCAGCCAACAAUAGCAAUAAGAGCUGCUGGAUACCCCUAAAUCCAGGUAUUUUUGGUUUAGGUUUCUUUUUUUUACAUUACCAAUGUUUUCAGGCCCUCCAGCUCUUGUCCCCAAACUGUGGUGACCCUCUUCCCAUCUUCCCUUCACUUGGAUCAGCCUCCAAAUAUUUUCUCUGCUGUGUGUUAGCAUUCCCCUAGGGAAAAAAGGAAAAUAAAGCCUGUGAUGGAGCUUGGGAGGGAAGAAAUCUUGGAAAAGGCAUUUCUGUGGCACGUUGCACCAUGGCCCUUGGAGAUUGUCUGGCAAUCAGGUAAAAGAACUUGUAGGACUGUUAGCAGGGCAGGAAUAGCAAAAUAUGUGAUUUGACAGGAGCGAUUCCCAUUUGCAAACGCUCGAUUGUGCUGCUUGUAGGGAAUUAUCUUGAUGCAACAUGGCCACCUGCAGCCUCCCUGCAUCCUCCUGCAAGAGAUGGAAUUUUCCUGGGGGCUAAGGGGUUCAGGAUCAGAGGAAGGAUUUGUAGGGAAGCAUGGCAAGGUGCAGGAUCACACCCAAACCCUCCCAUUCCCACAACAUGGCCUCAACCCACACCAGGCUCCCACUCCUCUAUGUAAUUAAUUUUAAAUUAAUUUUAAAUUAAUUUCGAACGUCAGACCAGCUCGUUUUUAAGUAUUAUUGGACAUCUUAAAUAAAAAUAAAUAUUAAAAAAAAAAUCCCUGAAAGAACAACAACAAAAAAACUUUAAACCCAAGAGUAACCACGUCUUCCAAGUCUACAUCUCACAGGUGUGUAGGGAACAUGGCCUUGGACUGAUGCCCUGGAGAGCCCCACAGCCACAGUUUGUCCAUCUGAAAUGUAAAUUUGGGGUUAUUUUCCCAUUUGUUUUCUGUUCUGGUUUUGAUUCUGAAGAUCAGGUCGUGAUCUCCCUGACAGAUUUCAGCCAAGAGUUUGUAACUGUACGAUAUUUACUGUAAGAUGUAGAACAUUCGAUAACUAUUAAAAUGUUUCCAAAAAAAAUUAAAUAAAUAAAUAAAAGAGCCCGA